UACAGAAAAUAAUCAUUGACAGCUGACGGUUUGCGCAAUUAUUUGUUUGGAAACACAACAAAACUUUGGAUUUUCUUUAAUUUUUCCGAUCGCAAAGACAAAAAAACGACAUGACAUCCCUUUUUGAGAAUCUCAAGAAACUCUACGACUACGAGUUGUACUCGGAUGUUAUGACUUUGGCUGAAUUGAUUCUAUCGUCGUAUGAUCGACACCGACACAUCCUGUCUCACCAGGAGCACUUUCUGACCCUCAUGUACUACGGGGAUGCUCUGUGGAAUGAGCACAGAUACAGAAGAGCGGAGAGUUUCUAUCGGUCUGCACUGCAGGCCAAAAAAGUCCUGACAAAACUCAAAUCACCCACCAGUAAGCAAGCCACAGAGCCAUCUGAUCCAUUCCCAGAGACUGAAAUUAAAUUCAAAAUUGCCAAGUGUUUGGUGGAGUUGAAACAAUCCCAGGAAGCCAUCACGGUGCUCCAGUCCAUUCCAGUUAAGCAGAGAUCACCGAAAAUCAAUGCUCUCUACGGGCGAUUGUCCCAACACAACGGUCACGAUCGGUGUGCUGUUAGUUCCUACAAGGAGGUGCUGAAAGAGUGCCCAUUGGCACUUAAUAUCAUGGAUGGACUGCUGCAGUUGGGCGUUAAGGGGAUCGAAGUGAAUUCUCUUGUGGUCGAUGCCACCCACUGGCCACAGUGCUCCGACUGGCUGACCCAUUGGAUUGAGGCGAGUGCCUUUAUCGCCUUCCGGAAAUACCCACAAGCCAUUCAGAUCCUCAAAAAUCUCGAGAAUGAGUCCCUCAUUCAAGACUACAACAAACUUUUGGUGCUAAUUGGGGAAAGUCACUAUCACAAUGCCGACUACAUCAAUGCACUGAAUUAUCUCAAACGGGCCCACACACUCCAUCCUCAGUCCACGGAUGGCAUUAUGAUACUCUCGAGCUUGUAUGCAAAGAAGAAUAAAAUUAGCGAACUGGAAAAGCUGAUAACACCAUCCGUAUCUGUAUGGGAAUACACCACGGAGAAUUGGUUCAUAAUGGCACAGUAUCUCUUUGUCACGGGAAAGUACGAGAGAGCGGCGUACUUUGCACAAAAGGCAUGCUUCCUCGAUAGUCGCAACAUUGAGGCGAUCUUACUCAAAGCCAACAUCUUUCUGGAACUAAAGAAAUACAAAGAUGCCCUGCUUCACUUGCGAACUGUCCAAUUGUACGCUCCCUAUCGAUUUGAGAUGUACAAAGGACUCGUGGAUACAUACAUGCGAAUGCUACGCUUCCGCGAGGCACAGACAAUGGCUUCGAAUGCAGUGAGAUUUCUGGGUCAGAGCCCAAGGACAUUUGUCCUCUUGGCACGUACUUACGUGCGAGAUGUAAUGGUGAAAUUCCAGGCUAAAUCAAUGCUGGAGAAAGCCCUGGAAUUGGAUGAGAACUACCUCCCGGCUGUAUUUAUGAUGGCGGAACUUAUGCAGGAGGAGGGUGACAGCACGGGAGCUAUAAAAUUGCUGAAGAAACAAGCGAGUUUGCAGCCAAAUAGUAAAAUUCAUUCGAUGCUCGGUGAUAUUUUGGCAUCGGAAAAGGAUCAGAGUAGUGCUUUGGAGAACUACACAAUUGCCCUGAGUCUCGAUCCGUCGAAUCGCAAAGCAAUUACGGGUCUACUGGCCAUGGGACAACCAACAGGAAAUACCAAAAUUGACAAUUCCUACGUGACCCCGUCAACUGUUGAGGAGGGCACAAGCUACCCAUAUGAACUGGAGGAGAUCCCAGCACCAGACAUUGAAUCCGAGAGUGAAGCUAUGUGGUCCGAUGUGGAGGUUGAGAUUAACUCAACAUAAUUGACAAAGUUGUAAAAAAAAAGCAAAAUUAUAUGUACCCUCUGAUGUGAACUCGUAUAA